AGUUAGUUUUACCUACAGACAACAUGUUGAAGUUUGUGAUUUUAUUAAGCGCUAUAGCUUGUGCUUUAGGCGCUGCCAUACCAGAGGGCAUGCUCCCUCAAUUGGAUGGUCGUAUUGUUGGUGGAGCUCCAGCAUCCAUUAGUGCCUUUCCUUGGCAAAUCUCCCUCCAACGUAGUGGUUCUCAUUCUUGUGGCGGUAGCGUCUACAAUAACCAGAUCAUUGUGACUGCUGCUCACUGUCUGCAAUCUGUUAAUAUCUCUAUAUUAAAGGUUCGUGCUGGAUCUUCUUUCUGGAUUUCCGGUGGAGUUUUAGUCGAUGUAGCUGCAUUCAAGAAUCAUGAAGGUUACAAGGCCAGCACCAUGGUUAACGAUAUUGCUGUCAUUCGUUUAAGCACACCCUUGCCUCUGUCUUCAACUAUUAAGCCCAUUCCUUUGGCUUCCACUACUCCAGCUAAUGGCGCUGCUGCUUCGGUCUCUGGUUGGGGUACUACGGCAUCUGGUUCUCCAUCCAUGCCUACUCAAUUGAAAUAUAUUGAUGUUAAGAUUGUAAGUCGUAACCAAUGUGCUUCUUCCACCUACGGUUAUGGCUCUGAAAUCAAGGCUACCAUGCUGUGCGCCUAUACUGUUGGUAAGGACUCUUGCCAAGGUGAUUCUGGCGGCCCAUUGGUAUCUGGUGGUGUUUUGGCUGGUGUUGUAUCAUGGGGCUAUGGUUGUGCCUUCGCUAACUACCCUGGUGUCUAUGCUGAUGUUGCUGCCCUUCGUUCUUGGGUGGAGAAGACUGCUACCUCUGUUUAAAUUGGACUGAAAUA